AUGGCAGCCAAUGCCGAGGUGCAAUGGCAUGCUGCGAAACAAAUCCAUCGAGAACUCCGAGCGAAACUGAAAGAGAGGGAAAGUUUGAUAGGCGAUAUUGAGGAUCUGAUAUCGGAGUUGCGCAUUGCAUGCGAGACCACUAUCUUCGCUGACUUCGAAUACGCCAUCGCGGAGGGUGUGGAAACUGCUCUUUGGGAAGCACAUAGCUCGAUCAACAAACGAUACCGAAAAAUUGUCGCCAGGCUUAAAAGCCCCGAACAGAAAAGAAUUACAGUCGAGAGACGGAAAUGGGAGAAGCGAUAUGCUGAUUUUCUCAAGCUGAGCCAAUACUACUAUAAGGGCUACAUCCAACGGCUGGCAUCCCACGUCGAUGGCCUCGAGGAGCUGCGCAUAAUAGCGCACCGGCUUACACUUAGCACACUCUCAGUUGAUCCUCCCGUGGAAGUCUCUGAAGAUCUGAAGCACCUUAUCCUCCUGUCAUGCCACUCAACCCUUCUUCGACUCGGCGAUUUAUACCGAUACCGCAAUGAUCUCAAUACGAAAGAUCGUAGCUGGGAGAAGGCCAACGCUCACUAUAGGCUUGCGAAUGACCUAUAUCCAGACUCGGGAAGCGCAUUUAACCAAAUGGCAGUCAUCUCGCUGGCGGAUGGCAAUCAUUUGGAUGCCGUCUACUACCUGUAUCGUGCGUUGGCAGUGAAGGAGCCCCAUCCAUUGGCGCAGUCAAACCUCGCGGUUGAAUUUAAAAAGAUUACCACAACAUGGCUCGGACCGGGUCAAAAGAGAGAUUCGCCGGUCGGUAACCCUGCUGCGGGUAUGGUAUUAUGGUUUGUCCGCCUUCAUGCUCAGUUGUACAAAGGAGAAGAGUUCCCCAACCACGAUGAACUUGAGAACGAAGUGUUGAGUCAAAUGACCGUUCUUCUUAAAGAACAAUCGCUGGAAAAUAUUCUGGACAGGAUUGUUAUUAUCAACAUUGCCGCAGAAUAUUUUGCUGGUGUAAGACUUGCAGAAGCAGAAGGUGAUGAAGCCAGUGAAAGAUGCGUCCAAGCAUACUACUUCUACCUCCGGCUUAAUGUCAGGAUGCUGUUUAUGCUUCUUCAACUAUUACAACCAGAGCUUGAUGACGCCAAUCAUGGCCACAAUGCCCCGGACGUAACUGGAAAAGAAAAGCAAACUUCUGCCGAGUCCAUUACAGCGGUAACUCGCCGAAUCCUACCCGCACUGCGUCAAUACAGCACGUGGUUGGUGGCCACAGCCCCAGUUAUUACCGCUCAAGUGGGAACCGCACCCAUAUGCAUUCACAUUAAGGAGAUGUGGUCCAUGUACUGCACCACCUUGAGCCUGCUUGUUGCAGUGUUUCCUGUGGCCGAAUUACCCGACAUUGAUUAUUUGCUGGAGGAAGACUCUGCCACUGUUGGAUUUAAACCUUUCCGGGACAGCACUCUUUGCAGGUUAUACACCGAUAGUGAAGAUAAGCUGAAGAAGCGAAGCACAGAUCCAGGAGUUGAGCGUCAUCAUCCGAAUGUAGAAAUGAUGGCGAGGAUUCGAGAAAUUCUAAGAGACGGCAUGGUUCUCGCUACGAAUACUGAGUACCCCAUUUACGCAGUGGAUGGCCAAUUCCGCUUUUUUGAGGAUGGCCCCCCGUCAACGCUGCAAGAUGCAAGCCCAAUGACACAACCGUCCGAGUUGGGGACGCAAGCGAGUUCGAGAUUCAGCUAUACCAGCGAGCAUCACCGUGUAUCGGAGCUGAACAGUGAGUUCAAGAGACCUCCAAGCGUCGAUCCAUCCGAAUCUCAUCAGAGCCUAUCAACGGAUAUGUAUCAAAUGGUCGAUGACCUAGUGACUCCAUCCAAGAUGUUCGCAGAUGGCAAUGUCAACGGAAGCGCUGAGACUUCUUAUGGGAUGCACAGCAAUACCGCAUUGGAAGUCUUUGCUUCUUUUCAAGGCAUGAACCAAGAACCUUAUCAGCCGACUCCUCCUAGAAUAUCGGGUUUCCCCGGAUUCGCGCCUUCGCCUUUCUCGCCCCGUCCCGGAGAAUUGCAGGGCUCAGGACAUGAAAGACCACCAGUUAGUAGAGGCAUGGGCCCAGAAAAUUACGCUCCCAUGGCAUCCUUCCAACAUAGCAGUAACAGCUCUACGCCUCAUAGCAAUUGGGAAAGAACCCCCUCAACUGCCAAUACCAGCUUUCCACGCGGUGGACCGUCUUUCAAUGCCGCUCAGCAACUGCAGCAGUCAUUGGAAGCACGGUAUCAGCCAUCGGGGUUUUCGAACAGUAGUAGCAUCUACCAGAACACCCCGAUUGAUCAUCUUGGUGUUAACGGCAACCAGGCGCCAUAUAACCUUCCACGAAAGCUUGGACCAGGAUAUGCACCACGAAGCGAGUAUGAGAAGCAAGUUAUGCUUCAGAGUUCCGCUUGGAACGGCAGCCAGCCAGCAGCCUAUUCUCGCAACGACCCAACACCACCAAGUGGUCAAGGCAGCUGA